AUUACUCUUUAUUUUCUCUCUUCAUUUCCCUAUAAAAAAUACCUGACUUGAGCGUCGGAGCGAACGCCCGGAAACCCCCUCCGGCAUUCUUUCUGACUUCUGUUUUUGGUGUACGCAGGUACCCUGGAGCUCAAAUCCGUUUUGGUGAUUUAUCAGGACUUCAAAAAAUUAUUCAAAAUUCUUGCAAGAAGAAGAAUUAAUAUCGACCAGACUUCAAACAUUAGUUAAAAAUUUGUCCCACUCAGUACAAAAGAGCCGUCCAUACAAAAAUAAACAGACAUACAUGCCGCCCAUUGUCCUAAUAUAUCAAACAAAUCGUUGAUACCAAGAUUAACGAUCUUUAACCUUUUCAUUGUCUUGUUUUGCUGUUCCAAUCUUAUAUACCAAGAAACUGAUUAAUGUUUCUUGUUUUAGUAGUGCACAAAGAGUGAGAGAAAAUUUGGUAAUGGCGGAUUGGGGGCCGGUGGUUAUAGCGGUGGUUCUGUUCGUGGUGUUAUCGCCGGGCGUUCUGUUUCAGCUGCCGGGGAAUAGCAGAGUGGUUGAGUUUGCGAAUAUGCAAACAAGUGGAGUUUCUAUGUUGGUCCAUACUAUCAUCUUCUUUGGCCUCAUCACCAUUUUUCUUAUUGCCGUUGGUGUACACAUCACUACCGGAUGAUUUAUGCUAUUAUCACUUUUUUUAAUUUUUUUUUUUCAUAGAUUUUGAUUUGCUUUAUAUUUUUAUAGAUUGUUUUUUCUCUUUGUUCUUUGAUAUUGAAUAAUUAAUUAUGAAUAAAGUAUCACUUUACCCCA